AUGGAGCACAACGGCAGCAACAGCAAGUCCCGCGAUGGGCGCAAGAGGGUGCUCGUGGUGGGCGCCGGCGCGGCUGGCAUGUCGACGGCAUACCACCUGUCGCAGCACCGCGACAAGUUUGACGUGACCGUGAUUGACGCGGUCGACUACUGCGGCGGGCAGGCGUUUUCGAUGCCGCUGGACAAGGAGCGGCACGGGGCGUCGUGGUGCAACCAGGGCGUGCAGGGCGGCUCGUACAUUUUCCACCACACGCUGACCAUGUUCCAGCGCCAGGGCUUCCACGCCGACCCCGUCAAGCUGCACGUCUCGUUUGGCAAGGACGAGACCUUCUGGACAAACGUCUUCCCCACCACGCUGCUCGCCCGCCACCAGAAGGAGGUCGUCCGACUCGUCCGCAUGCUCAAGAUCAUCCGCUGGUUCGAGGUCUUCUUCGCCCUCCUGCCCCUCCGCCUCGUCUUCAAGAUGUUCCUCUUCUCGGAGGAGUUCACAAACACCAUCGCCCUGCCCAUGACCGCCCUCUUCCUCGGCACCGGCAACGCCACCCCAGAGGUCCCCACCAUCAUGCUCGAGCGCCUCUGCACGUCUCCCACCUACGGCAUGUGGUACCCGGCCUCCAAGGACACCGUCGUCGAAAACCAGCCGCCCAUGGUCGUCUUCCCAAACUUCUCCGAGUUCUACGAGACCUGGCGCAAGGACCUCGUCUCCCGCGGCGUCACCGUCCGCCUCUCCACCGAGCUCACAGAGAUUGUCCAUCGCAGCAAAAACGGCGGCGUCACCGUCCGCCUCAGGUCCCGCCGGCCCGCGUCCGACGGCCACAACCCCGUCGGCGCGGACCAGGACAUCCCGGCCACCGAGGAGCACUACGACGAGCUGGUCCUGUGCUGCCUGGCCGACACGGCCAAGAAGGUGCUCGGCCGCACUGCCACCUGGAAGGAGAAGCGCGUCCUCGGCUCCGCCAAGUUCAGCGACGACAUCACCAUCACGCACAACGACGCCGACUACAUGAAGAAGCACUACGAGAACUUCUACCGCGAGGACCUGGCCAACACGCAGCGCAUCAACGGGCACGACCACUCCCACCGGCUCAACUACGCCGUCGGCUCGUUCCGCCCCAUGUACUACAUCAAGAUGUACGACCAGGACCAGAGCAAGCUCGAGAUGUGCUUCGACACGACAAACUACCAGUCCCAGUUCCCCGAGAACGUGCCCUUUGAGCAGCACGUCUUCCAGACCAUCUACCUCAACAAGCAGCGCGACGGCCACCUCUGGACCGACGCCGAGAUCCGCGAGGACAAGGUCAUCCGCAGGGACUGGUGGCACCAGCUGUGCCACUCGUACACGCACUACCUGCUCGUGGUGCCCUGGAUGAUGUUCCUCCAGGCCAAGAACAACACCCGCUUCGCCGCCUCCUGGACCCUCGUCAACGCCCACGAGGUCGCCAUCAUGAGCGGCAUCGCCGCCGCCGUGGACCUCGGCGCCACGUACCCGGAGGACCUGGAGCACGACAGGUUCGCGUUCCUGUGCUUCCGGCUGUACUACCUGCUCGCGUACGGCAAGUGGUAUAGGCGCCACUACACCAAGGGCGGCAAGAAGGACCGGCCGACCACGGAGGCCGCGAGGGAGGGCAGCUCGUGGGCGUCCGGGGUUUAUGGUAGCGUGUACAAGGGCCCCGGUGUGGGCGAGGUUGAGAGAGCGACUUGGCGCGAGGAGAUGAAGAAGGGGACCAGCACGGGGAACUUGGCCGAAGGGAAUGCGCCUGGUCGGAGUCAGCCUUGA